AUGGCAGAGCAUCCGCCCAACGCCUACGCCUUCCAUCAUGAUAGCGAUGGCGGUGAAACCGAAGAGCCGACUCUGCUCCCCAGCACCCCCCCCCUCGACGCCACCAUUCCUCUCAAUGGUCCAGAAAACAAUGCAGCCUUGCAAGGAGCACAGCCUGGACCCACCUACUCUCAGCACUCCGACCAACCCAAUGGCGACAUCCCCGGCUGGGUCCCUGAGUUCUACAACUGGGUGGACUUGGAUCUCGGGGCAUCAUCCUUCGACCAAGCUUUCAUCGAUUCCUCAACGAACCCCCCAUUGAACCGAAACGUGGUUUUUGGAUUCAAUGGAUUUCAGCUUGGUCAAGCUGGAACUGCCAAUGACAUCAUGUCUCCCGGGCCCAGCCCGCCCAUGCCCAUGCCCAACGCAGACGAAAUUCAGCAGAGCGAGGCAGUCUACCACACUACAACCCUAGCUCCUACUGUACCAGCCCCAGCUCCAGCGACGACUACCAACAAUGUUUGCACUCGCUGCGGUAAAACAUUCGGCCGCCCAAGUGAAAUGCGCCGCCACGCAAAGAAACACUUGCCGCCUCGUUUUGAGUGCAACGUUGAAGGCUGUAGCAAGACUUUCUACCGCAACGACAAAUUACAAGAUCACCUUGCUAAAGGCCACAGAAACCGUUACCAGGAACGCGACCAGGUUCCCACGUUCCAGUGCCCACUCAUCGGCUGCAACAGGACCUUCUACCACCUGGGGGAGUGUUUUGACCAUGCCACGAACGAUCACUGA